GAAUAAAUUGUGCUGCAGGCCAUGUGAUCACCCUUUCUGAUUCUCUGUGUCUUGCUGCAGAAGAUUAUUCAACUGGUAUAGUUAUCUACUAAUUUAAAGCUCCACUAAUGGGGAAGGAAAAGACUCACAUCAACAUUGUUGUUAUUGGUCAUGUGGACUCUGGUAAAUCAACAACCACAGGUCACUUGAUCUACAAAUGUGGUGGUAUUGACAAAAGAGCUAUUGAAAAAUUUGAAAAAGAAGCAGCUGAGAUGGGCAAAGGCUCCUUUAAAUAUGCCUGGGUAUUGGACAAACUUAAAGCUGAACGUGAACGUGGUAUCACCAUUGAUAUUGCAUUGUGGAAGUUUGAAACUACCAAGUAUUAUGUCACUGUCAUUGAUGCUCCUGGUCAUCGUGAUUUCAUAAAGAACAUGAUCACUGGAACAUCACAGGCUGAUUGUGCUGUUUUGAUCGUAGCUAGUGGUGUUGGUGAAUUUGAAGCUGGUAUCUCCUCAAAUGGUCAAACCCGUGAGCAUGCUUUGUUGGCUUAUACUCUUGGUGUGAAGCAGAUGAUUGUAGGUGUGAAUAAGAUGGACAGUACAGAGCCUAAAUAUAGUGAGAAACGUUAUGAAGAAAUCAAAAAAGAAGUUGGUUCUUACCUAAAGAAGGUUGGCUAUAAUCCUAAGUCUGUUGCCUUUGUACCUAUUUCUGGUUGGCAUGGUGAUAACAUGCUUGAACCCAGUGAUAAAAUGCCUUGGUAUAAAGGAUGGGCCAUUGAACGCAAGGAGGGAAAUGCUUCUGGUAAAACCCUGUUUGAAGCACUAGAUUCAAUUCUUCCCCCAUCACGUCCAACAGACAAACCUUUACGAUUACCACUUCAGGAUGUUUACAAAAUUGGAGGUAUUGGCACUGUUCCUGUUGGUCGUGUUGAAACUGGUGUUUUGAAACCUGGUAUGGUCGUCACAUUUGCCCCUGCAAAUUUGACAACAGAGGUGAAGUCAGUUGAAAUGCACCACGAAAGCUUGAGUGAAGCUCUACCUGGGGACAAUGUUGGUUUCAAUGUUAAGAAUGUUUCAGUUAAAGAAAUUAAGAGAGGAAUGGUAGCUGGUGAUAGCAAGAAUGACCCUCCUAAAGGAGCUAAGAACUUUACUGCCCAGGUUAUAAUCAUGAAUCAUCCUGGUGAAAUCCAUGCUGGCUACAGCCCUGUUUUAGAUUGUCAUACUGCUCAUAUUGCAUGCAAGUUUGCCGAAUUGAAGCAAAAAAUUGAUCGUCGUUCUGGCAAGGUUACAGAAGAGAACCCCAAACAUCUUAAGAAGGGUGAUGCUGGUAUUGUUACCAUGAUACCAUCAAAGCCAAUGUGUGUUGAAACAUUCCACCAGUACCCACCUCUUGGAAGAUUUGCUGUGCGUGAUAUGAAGCAAACUGUUGCUGUUGGCAUUAUUAAGGGUGUUGAAAAAGCAGAACCCACUGGUGGCAAAGUAACUAAGGCUGCACAGAAAGCACAAAAGAAGUAAUGAUGGACCUUUUAGUGUCAAUUAGCUGUUGUUGAGAAUGUCAGCAUUUCAAGACAAUGAAAGUACUUUUUGAGUGUAAUAAAUGCAAUAGUUAAUAAAUGUUAAUGAACAUAUCUUAAA